ACCUUCCAGUCGUCAACUCACACCUCUCCUCCGUUACAAGACAAACUAAUCGCAACUUGAGAUCAAGAAGUCGUGAAGCCCGAAAGUGUGAUUUCAGUUUUAUCCCCGUGUCUGAUUUCCUUUUUGUUUUUUUUUUUCAAUCUUUCCAAAUCCGGUUUGAAAACGCAUUUGAUUUAACUUUCAACGAACAUUCGAAAGUGAGAAAUCGGCGAUGGAUUCUCGUUUCCAGAGGGUAAAGUCGGAUGAAAAUGAGCCUUAUCCUCCCAGUGAGGUAUGGAGGAUCUGGAAGAACGUUCUGGCUUUGGGUUUUGCCUUCAUGAUUCUCUUCACUGCUUUCUGGGGAGCUUCGAAUCUUCAGAGUUCGAUUAACGCCGAUGAAGCAUUGGGAACGUUCACUUUAGCUUCAAUCUACGCAUCUCUAAUUCUCUCCAACAUAUUCCUUCCGGUCAUCGUUAUAAAAUGGUUUGGAUGCAAAUGGACAGCAUCGAUUUCCGUGAUUGCCUACAUGCCUUUCAUAAUAGCCCAAUUUUAUCCUAAGUUCUACACAAUGAUACCAGCAGGUUUAGCUGUAGGCUUCGGAGGAGGUCCUCUUUGGUGUGCCAAAUGCACUUACCUCACAGUCGCAGCUGAAGCCUACUCCCAAAUUACAGGCAUCUCUUCUGAUGUUAUUGUUACCAGAUUCUUUGGAGUUUUCUUCAUGUUCUACCAAUUCUCUCAAGUAUGGGGAAACCUAAUUAGUUCCGCAGUUCUUUCGAAUGGGGCCGGAGAACCGGCGAUAGAGAUCAUAAUGAAUGCGACAAAGGAAGUAAUGAACGGCACCAUUGGGAAUGUCGUGAAUGUAUGCGGCGCGAACUUCGAGCCGAGCAUCGCCGCCGCCGACGCCAACCCCAAUCUGGCGCCACCUCCGAUGUCGAAGAUCCAUCUCAUCGCGGGCAUUUAUCUUGCAUGCAUGAUUGCAGCCUGCUUGAUCAUAGCAUUCGCCGUUGAUUCAUUGUCAAGGUAUGACAAAGGAAGAACCGGAAGCGGCAGUGGAUUAUCCGGCACGAAACUGCUGGCGGUAACCAUGAAACAGCUGGCUAAUCCUUACCAGCUCUUAAUCCUUCCCAUAACGAUGUUUAUCGGAGCCGAGCAGGCUUUCAUCGCCGCAGAUUUUAACGCGUCGUUCGUCUCCUGCGGCUGGGGCAUCAGCAACAUCGGCUUCGUGAUGAUCUGCUUCGGAAUCUGUAACGCCAUUUCCGCCCUCUUCACCGGAAGCAUCGUUAAGAUCACAGGUCGCAGUCCUGUCAUAGCUUUCGCUCUGGCGUUGCACGUAGCCCUCAUAGUUGUCCUGUUGGUAUGGCAACCGGAAGAACGUAAUAAAUACAUGUACUUCCUUGUUGCCGGUCUGUGGGGGGUGGCGGACGCUGUUUGGCUUGUCCAAAUUAACUCUCUCAGCGGGAUUCUGUUUCCGGGUAAAGAGGAAGCCGCCUACAGCAACUUCCGGCUCUGGGAAGCAACAGGUUCCGUCAUCACAUACGCCUACAGCCCUUACCUGAACACUCGCAUCAAGAUCUACCUUCUACUUGGACUUCUCUUCGUAGGCGUUUCCGGAUACACGGCCGUCGAAUUCCUCGAGUUGAAGACGAAACACGAAAAAAUCGACGGACCGGUCAAGGGAAAGUUCGAGCUGGUUCAAGCGAAGGAGGGCUUCAAGAGCGGCGAAAUAGCCGAAUAAAAUAGAUUCCAUCAAGAUCCAUAAUCCUUGAAGAAGGACGAACGAGUAAAAGGAAUCACGAAUCUCAGGGACACGUUCAGUGCGCGUUUAAUUGAAAUAUCUCAUUUCCUUUUCCCCAUUCUCCUUUUUGUUUCUCUUAUAUUAAGACAAUUAUCUACGUGUAAAUAGGUUCUAUGUUUUUUGUUGGUAGCGAAUUAUUAGAUUUGCAGAAGAUGGGAUUCCUCCUCAAUCUCUAUCUCUCUCUAUUUCUCAUUUUCUCCAGCUCCUCGACAUCCGAAGGCCACAAUUGGUGGUAGUUGUAUACUUGAAAAUCAAUUGAGGUCUUGAGCUAUUUCCGAUGUAAUUUCCUCCAGUUUCCAUCUCACUUUCAUCGCCUCCCGGGAUGGAAAACUGAAAACGAGUUCUACUGAUGAAAAUCGCUGCAAGAGAUAUUUAUGUUUUGGUUAUUAGUUCAAUAUUUUUUUUCCCUAAAACUUUCAAUACACAUCUAUUUCUCAAGGAAAAAACGAUAAAUUUACUGAAUAAUCUUUGUCUCAGACAAAUAAAUAUAAUAAUAUUCAUUGAUAUAAUA